UCAGAUGUUUUUAUUUUGGUUCUGCCGAAGUAAUAACAAAUAGUUUUGGGAAAUGAAAAUAAAUCUUAAAAACAUUAAAUAACCUAAGAAAUUAAUUACCAAAAAUACCAAUACAUCAUAAGCAUUAAGGCCAAAAUGAGCAAAAUACCAAAAACAACACUAAGUUUAAAGCAGUUUAUGCUGCGUCAAGAGGUCCUGAAGCUAUACCGGGACAUCUUCCGCACCAUCCGCCAAGUUCCCGACAAAAACAGCCAGCUGGAGCUGCGAUCCUGGGCACGACACGACUUCCAGACGAAUCGCCACCAAAGUGACGAGGUGGCCAUCAAGAUGCUCAUCCAGCACGGCAGACGCAGCCUCACAGAACUAAGGACCAGCCUCCACUUGAGCGGUGUGAGCGAGGGCAAAUAGGAACAAUCCUAGCGAGAAAUCUUAGCUUAAUUUGAUUUUAUUUUUGAGCUCGACAACCGUACGAAAAUAAAUACGAGUUAGGACUACGGACUAAGACAAA